AUGGCACGUACAAAGCAAACUGCCCGAAAAUCGACCGGUGGUAAAGCCCCACGAAAGCAGCUCGCCUCAAAGGCUGCACGGAAGUCAGCACCUACUGCUGGUGGUGUCAAGAAGCCGCAUCGUUAUCGCCCUGGUACGGUAGCACUGCGCGAAAUUCGCAAGUACCAAAAGUCGACGGACUUGCUAAUUCGCAAACUUCCGUUUCAGCGUCUGGAAGCCUCAGAGGCUUAUCUUGUGGGGCUGUUUGAGGACACCAAUUUAUGUGCCAUUCACGCCAAGCGUGUAACUAUCAUGCCGAAAGACAUCCAGUUGGCUCGGCGUAUUCGUGGCGAGCGUACAUAA